AUGAAUACUUUAGUUAUAGUUUUUGUAAUUCUUUUAGUUCAUGGCCAAGAAAUAGACUGGGGAUUGAAUCUCGAUUAAGAAUAAAAACGAGAUUAUUUAAUUGUCAAUAGUAAUGUUCAAAUAAAUUAGGCUGGAUCAAAUAAUUAAUAAAAAGGAUAAUAUGUACAAGGUUAAGACUAAGGAACCAUUAGUGAGGAGAAUAAACGACAAAUUUAUGAAGAAUUUCUUUCCUACGAUUUAGAUGAGGAUGGCAUUUUAAGAAUAGAUGAACUAAAAUAAUCAUUUCGAGGGGAGGCAGAACAAUAAGUUAGGAAAUUAUUUGGAUUCGGUGAUAAAGACAUGAAUGGUUUUCUCAAUUUUGAGGAAUUCUUUAAAUUCAGGACUAGAGAUUCAAUGUCAGAUUUAUGA